UCGUCGCGUGAGGUUGUCGCACGAGAUGCGGAUCCGACGCAACCCGCAACCGUCAAUAGUGCCUUUAAACUUUUAAGUGAUAUAAGACUGCAAAUCUGUGCUCAAAUAAUUAUAGUGUUUUGUGAAAGACUGGAACUGUGGUUGGACAUUUUUAAAUUUCGAACAACGGCAGAUAUCACUAAAAUUAUUCACGAUUGGGCGUCGACGUGGUCGGUCGUCGCGGGUCAUGCAGGGCGCAGCUAGCGCCCCCGCGCCCCCCGCGGCUGAGCCGCCAUCUUCUCAACAAAUCAAAACAGAGGAGGUCAUCACACAAGCCAAAGUUGAAACAGACCGAGACAUGGAGAAAAUGGCCGAGAGACAAGACAUCAGAACUACUAGAACUACCAGCAUUGAUAGUGACAACCGAUCAGACAGGAGUGAAGAAGAUGAGUUAAGAAGAGCCCGCAAGCGAGCAGCUUCAACAUCACCGAACCCUAUUCCCCUGGAUAAAAGAAUAACUAGAUACGAAUGUCCUAAAUGUAAGCAAAGGUUCGAUUCCGCAAAUGCUUACGACAUUCAUAGAUUUACUGCACACGGUGAUGACACCAGAACUGGUUACGACGACCACGCUUUUGUUGAUUACUCAAGCAAAAAGUUUCCAGAUAUAUCUCGGAGUAAUCGAAUUUCUAUUAGCGAACAACACUAUAGUUGCGAUGUUUGCUCUAGAGAUUUUCCUUGCAGACAAGUUCUGGACGUUCAUAAAAAAUCGUGCACUGGUACUACUAGGAUUCCCACGCCAGAACGUGACAGGCGGGAAGACUUCUUUGCCAAAUUGGAUCUUAGGAACCGUUCUUUUAAUAUACCGGAAACAUUAACACCCCCUAUGGAUCGUUUUACACCUAAAUUUGAUGAUGGACAUCUCACCAAUGGUAUGAGACACAUCGAUGCUGCUAGAGAUUUAGCGGAUAUACAAUCUAUUUUGAAUGUUACAUCUGCUGGCAGCCUUCUAGAAAGACUGACCGGUACUAGGGUGCCGUUAGAAAAUACUAUUUUAACACCUCCUGAUACUGUGGUGAAAGAACGGGAACAAGAGGAGACGCAAGAUAACUUUGCAGCUGAAUUUCGACGUAUGAAGUUACGAGGGGAAUUUCCAUGUAGAUUAUGUCCUGCUAAAUUUCCCAAUCUUAGAGCUCUUAAGGGACAUAACAGAGUACAUCUAAGCGGUACUGGUCCUGGACCAUAUCAGUGUAAUAUGUGCCCUCAUGCCUCUUUAGACAAGGCAGCUUUAGUCCGUCAUAUGCGAACACAUAAUGGUGAUCGUCCUUAUGAAUGCGCAGUGUGUAAUUAUGCUUUCACAACAAAGGCAAAUUGUGAAAGACAUUUGAGAAACCGGCAUGCAAAAGUUACAAGAGAAGAUGUCAAGCGCUCUAUAAUCUAUCACCCAUCAGAAGAUCCGAAUAACGAUGAAGUAAAUUCUAAACUUGCUCGCGAUGAAGUGAAGAGAUCGCUCGCAUUCCAUACUCCGGAAGUUGAAAGGCGCAACGACAAUACUGGUCGAGAUACACCUCUCACUCAUUUUACACCUAACUUUAUUUCUGACAGACAUCCAGUUCAAGCCCUAACAUCUAAAUCACUAUCAGAAGCUCCUAUAACUAUAAGAGAAAAUGAUCAACCUCUACCAAGAAUAAAAGUAAAAGGUAUUGGGCAAUUGACACAGAUUCCUGAAUAUAGGCCACCUGAACUUCCAGCAUACAAAGCAAAUGAUAUCCAAACGGAAACCUAUGAUGAAGAAGCUCCAGUUGAUCUCAGUACUAGUGAUAACAAUAGUUGUGAUGUUCUUGACCUUAGUAAAAAGAAACGGGAUGUCGAUAAUGAGUCUAAAACGCCAACUAGACCAUCAUUUGAACCAGAUCCAGCUGCUAUUGCUGCAUCAACAAUAGAAAAGACAAGGCUAUUAUCUUGGGCUAAUGCCCACCAAAGACUUCUAGAAAACGCACUUCCUAAACUUGAUCCUACUUUUUAUGCUUCUCAUAUAUCGCAGUUGUAUGCUAGCGCCGUACCAGGACUGCCUGGACUACCGUUACCACCAUCCUUUCCAAUUAAUCCUUAUUUUCUACAGCCUUCUUUUUUUACUCAUCCAACUGAUUCACAAGAACUAGUCGAAAUGAAGCAGCGUAUACAAAAAGAAAUAAUUCGUGGACUUAGCAUGUCGGGGGGUCGACUUGUAGCAAGCGACCAAGAUAGUCAACCAAAACAGGAGCCAGAAGAAGAAGACCAAAAGCCCAUAAUACCACAGGCUGUGUCUCCUUUACCAUCGCCUCAAUCAGAAUCUCCUAGACCAUUGAGUAAUAAUAUCAUUCCCCAAUCAGAUUCGGUUAAAAUGGUUAUUAAAAAUGGUGUGCUUAUGCCUAAACAAAAACAAAGACGGUAUCGGACGGAAAGGCCAUUCUCAUGCUCCCAGUGCUCAGCUCGUUUCACUCUUCGUUCAAACAUGGAACGUCACGUCAAGCAACAACAUCCACAGCAUUGGAGCGUAAGAAGACCAACUACAAGAGCCCCUCCGCCAUAUACAACGCCUGAUUCAUUAACUGAUCGUGUAAAGUAUGCUCUUCUAGCACGCCACCUCGAACGUCCUUUACAGCAGUCUGAGCGGUCGCCAAUUCGCAGAGAUUCUGAUGAAGUUGCUGACAAUGAAGAAGAUGAAGACGAUACCCUAAUCAUUGAUGAAGAACCGGACACAGAUAACAAAUCUGAUGAACAUUCUGCUGCUCAUCGCGCAGCUGCCGAAAUUUUAAUGGCUUCUCGUCAACAGGAGCUCAGUAAGGAUUUCGACCUGAAAAUCGCUGGUAAUCUUAUCAAUAAACCUUCAAACAUAUCUGAAAAAGCUGAAUCUGGUACUGAUUCGAUUCAAGAAUCUUUGCCUAUACCAGUAGUACCCACGCGCAGCGACGAAGAAGAAGAUGAAGAAGGUCUUGUCGCUUCAACUAGUGAAGGAAAUAACUCUGGAAGUGAUGAAAAUAAAUCCGAAUCAGAUACUGGAAAUCAACCACCCAAAAAGAAGUCUGCAUACAGUUUAGCUCCUAACCGAGUAUCAUGUCCGUAUUGUCACCGGAAGUUUCCUUGGUCGUCUUCACUUCGACGCCACGUCCUCACACAUACGGGACAGAAACCCUUUAAGUGUCCGCACUGCCCCCUGCUUUUCACCACAAAAUCCAACUGCGAUCGUCAUUUAUUAAGAAAGCACGGAGGUUCAGCAAGAGCCAUAUUGGCCGAACCAAUUCCCGAUACAGUCUCCCCACCUCAACCUUCAAAUGACAUAAGAUCUGUCCCAGAAAGACCAUUCAAAUGCGCCUCGUGCCCCUCUAGUACAUUUUCCUCAAUGGAGACGUUAAAAAAACAUAUGUCGUCGAGACAUGGUACUGGAGAUUCCCAGCCAGAAUCUCCAAACCCUGAUUUGAAUGAUGAUAUUCCUGAUGGAGGUCUAGUCUUUAAAUGUCAUCUCUGCGAGGCAUCUUUCGGAGACAGAGGCGGAGCAUUGAAUCAUCUGGCGUCAACGCAUUCUGUGGAAUAUGAGCAGCUAGUCAGCAAGGGAGCGUUAGACGCAGCUAGUGAUCGGAGCGAGAGUGCUGAUGAUGAUGACAGGGGCAAAUUCCCAGACCACGCCAACAGAAAGGUAGUUUGUGCUUUCUGCGUGCGCCGCUUUUGGUCAGCCGAAGAUUUACGUCGUCACAUGCGUACCCACUCUGGGGAGCGGCCGUUCGCGUGUGACCUGUGCCACAGGAAGUUCACCCUGAAACAUAGCAUGCUCCGACACCGGAAGAAGCAUAGAGAUGAAAUCACUGAUGAUGAAGAAGUUUCUCCACCACACACUCCAAUCGAAUCUGAGAAUAUUACCAAUGGUUUUAGAUACCGGGAUGACGACGGUUCUGGUUGCGACAUCCCUAGUAAUGUCAACAACAACAACUCGCCGCCGUCCGCGCCCUACGACAAGAAACUGAAAUUGGACAUGAGCUCGCGCAAAUACUCAUCAGAAACGGAAAACGACGGUGAAAAUGGUAGCGAUCUCAUCGGCAAACUAUUAGGUAUCCCUGACAAGACGAUCAUCAACAAACUCCUCUCAUCACCUGAUGAGGCGGCGAAAUUCUUAGGAGUGAAUAAAUGAGAGUACGCUUUAGUCCUUGUGACGCCGGCUAGACUUGUCCUAGCUCCACGAGGACUAAAACUGCCAUUCCAAUUUCAAACGUCGGUGGCCGAAAAAAACUGUACAACGCCAUCUAUCAACGAGUAGAUAUUAAAUUGAAGUAUCAAUAUAUUUAUUAUUCGUAUGUCAAUGUAGUUGUAAAUAAUUUAUAUAGCUAUAUAUCGCUUAUGAAUAUAUUAGAAUUCUAUACGUAGGUGCCUUUAGCUGCCUUAAUUUAAUAAAAGUAUAAACCGUCCUAUUCUGCCUUAGCACUAUUAGCGUUAUUGUAUAAAAGUGGGUAUUGAACAACGAAUGUUUUCUGUAGUGCCAGUUAGAAAAAGUACAUAGUGUUGUGUUUUAUUUUUAGCGAUUAAGUAACAUUUGUCGUCUCAUAUCAAUAUUAAAUAGGUUAAGGUAAUUCAAUAAGCCAGUAAUACUGAAAAGCACCAAAAAGCUGUCAGCCAAUGUCACGUAAAAUAUGCAUUUUCAUCUAGUCGCGUUACACUAGGUUUUUUUCCCGCUAUCGUAUAUUUCUAGGAUCACAACUAUACUGUUUUCCACUGUCAUUUCAUUAAUAGUUAAUAAUAUUCAGCCAAAAACAAUUUUCGCAAAAAUAUCCAAAAUUAUCUAGUCAAUUUCUUAGACUUUUUUUCUAUAACGAAAAUUAACUUAGCUAAAAUACCAAAAUGUCAAUAGUUAGGUUUUCUAUGCAAAAUAAGUUUUACUUAAGGACAGACAGUCUAUAGCUUAAAUAUAGGUAAAUUAAGGCAACAUGUAACAGAAUUAACGCAGUCCUUGAAAGUAGUUUUUAGAAAGUAGUAUAUUUUCGAAUACGUAAAUAUAUAUAUAGGUUUACAUUACCCACCGGUGUUAUAAAUCGAAUCAUAGGGAUUUAAGCCUUAUUACAACGAUAUAAAACUUAUAAUUCAGAUAUUUUACUCCAAUAGGUCUCUAUAAAUUAAAGUAAUUAUAAAAUAAAAUUACCAAACUCGUGAGGUUUUCUCACGAGACUGCAGCAUGGGGUUUUUCAAGGGUAUAAUACGGUUUCUUAAUAGUCGGAAAUGAGCACGUGACACCCCUGGUAUCUCAAGCGUCCAUAGACUACG